UCACGCACGGCGCCGCAGAGCCUGCCGGGAGCUCGGUGAGCAAUGGCGACGCCCAGUCUCCGGGGUCGGUUAGCACGGUUUGGAAACCCGCGGAAGCCCAUACUGAAGCCCAAUAAGCCCCUCAUCCUAGCUAACCAUGUCGGGGAACGGCGCCGGGAGAAGGGCGAGGCGACUUGUAUCACGGAGAUGUCAGUAAUGAUGGCUUGCUGGAAGCAGAAUGAAUUCCGCGACGAAGCUUGCAAAAAAGAGAUCCAGGACUUCUUCGAUUGUGCUUCGAGGGCUGAGGCAGCCCGAAAAGUGAGAUCAAUCCAGGAGGACCUGGGAGAGUUGGGGAGUUUGCCCCCCAAGAAAUUGAAUAAGUUGUUAUGUAGGUUUCCUAACAAACCUCAUGUCAGCUGAAAAUGGAGAAGCAUUUUCAAUGACUGGACUGUAGCUUCUGAGAACUAUGCAGAGGCAUUUUAGAGAUAUUUGCACUGCCAUGCUCUGUUUGAAGAGUAGGAGGCAAAACACUUUCUUUUACCCUUUGGAAUCAUUAUGUGGGUGGAAAUUAUGCUUUAUGUUGAAAUAAAAUCCUCUGAAGAGAA